GAAAAAUAGGUCUGUUGCGUUUUGCUCUCAAAAUUUAGCCUGGAAAUUGUUCUUGAAAUACCUGGAAAUUGUGUUCAAAAUUGCAAAAGAAAUCCUAUUGUUGCAUGUCUAGCCUCACAUUCGACGAGCAAGCAUUGAUGCGGUGAGAAAAACUGAUUUGGUUUCGUUGUGGAGUUUUGCGAACAGAGAGGCAGAGUAGCAAAAAAAAAAGGCGAGCGUGCAAAAAUCGAUUAUUGAGUGAGUGUCCGCCAACGCGGUACUAAACAAUAAGACACAACAAUGACCACAAAGGCUGCACCUGCCACGACGGCCGGUCCCGGCGCCCGUGGUGUCGCUCGGGUUCUAGCAAAAUUGGAAUCAUCGAUCGAAUCGGGAAACUACUACGAGGCUCAUCAGAUGUACCGGACACUGUACUUUCGCUAUCUGUCGCAGAAAAAGUACGAAGAACUGUUGGACCUGCUGUACAAGGGUGCACUGACACUGUUGAGCCAUGAUCAGCAAACCAGCGGAGCCGAUUUGGGCCUGCUGGUAGUGGACACACUGGAGAAGGCCGGCGUCGUAGAUGGAACGGAAAAGUGGAUGCAAAAGCUAGCCAUUCUCCUAAGUAAGAUUCAACCGCAUAUUGUUGAGAGAGAAACGUUGCUGGUAAAGGCAGUAAAAUGGAGUGCUAGCGUGUCCAAUUCCCAGGUCGGUCACCCUCUGAUGCACAAGCUGAUAGCGCAGAUCAUGUGGAACGAGGACAAUCUGACCCAGGCGCGCCAUCACUUUUUGCUUUCGAAGGACGGGAACAGUUGCGGUCACAUGCUGAUUCAGCUCAGUGAAACCAAGGGCUUUCCGUCCGAGAUGGACCUGUUCAUCGCUCAGGUUAUCCUCCAGCAGUUGUGUUUGAAGGAAACGUCGACGGCGUCGAAAACGUUCGCGACCUACACGAAAUAUCACCCGAAGAUAGCGUGCAGUGAGCCUCCGUUCAUCACUCCGCUGCUUAAUUUCAUCUUCUUUCUGCUGCAAGCUAUCGAAGCGAACCAGCGCAAGCUGGUCGUAUUCCGAACUCUGUGUGAUUUGUACAAACCAUCGCUGGAGCGCGAUCCGUCCUAUGAAAAGUAUCUGCAAAAGAUUGGCAUGAUAUUCUUCGGGGCCAACCAGCCACAGAGACCGCAACACGAGGGAAUUCCCGGCAUUUUCGGUGACCUGUUGAACCAGUUCUUCCAGGAGCUAGACGACGGGGAAGAUGAAUCGGCUGGCGGUAGCCAGCAGACUAGAAUGGCGGCAUCGGCAGCAGCAGCAGCAGCUGCUGCUGCUGCACCGGGUGGUGGACCCGCUGUCAAAGAAGAGCUGGAUUAGGUGCCUAGUCACCGCAGCAACAGCAGCAGCAGAAGGGUUCGUUUUUUUUUGUUUGGUUGUUUAGAUUUUCUGUGCUUCGAUGAUACAGGACACAUGGCUCGGCCGCGGGGUUGUUUCAUUGUGCAUUAAAAAAAAGUUUCCUCCAACCAGGCCAGCCAAGUGGCUUAGCGCACCGCCGAUAAACUAAACCACACACAGAUUUUAACAGCGUCUUAACACUUUCAUCACGGGCACUGAUUUUUUUUGUUUAGAAAGUUUACGGAAACGGAUUAAUAAUAAAGAAAAAAAGAAGUUUAGUUUAAUCGUAA